AUGGCCGAGGAGGAUGACAACGAACUGAUCAUGGUUGCAAUUCAGCAUUAUCAGACAGCACUCGGACUAUUCAUCGAACAUCUUGGCUCCCCGGAGAAGCAGGGAUGGAUUACGUUUCCCGCCUUGUGGCUCUUCAUCCACUAUGAACAACAGUAUGGAGAUGAUCCAAGCGUGCUCCAGAAACAUUUGCAAGGACUCCGCGAUGUCAUUGCCUUCCACGGCGCCGCAAUCCUUCCUUAUGCGAUCGGUGGUCAGGAUCCGUUGGACCACUGUGAUGACACGGACGUCGCCUGGCACAUGAUUGACAGGACUGCGCUGUGGACGAUUGAUCACGAUGCUUGUGCGGCCUUUUUCGGAUUCGGGGGCAGCUUAGUGCGAUUGGUGAUUGAGCAGUAUCCCGGGUCACUAUCUAGGCUCAUAAAGAGCUCAAGAAAUGCUCUCAGCCAAGCUUUUGGUCCCGACUAUCCGGCAGAGGGGCAGCUGUGGGAUACUCAACACAGUCAGAUAGAGAUGUUUCAAUACAGUCUCAUCACCCUGAGAUUCGGCAUCAGCAACUUGGACGGUUCUUCAGAGGCCAGUGAUCUUCUAGAUUUCGCGAGGAAGCUAAAGCAAGUCGAGGAGGAAUUCUCCUCCCUAUUAUGCGUUGCGCUAUCGCCGCAGGCCUCCGACGGGGGCAUCUCGUCCAACAUGUGCAUUCCAACCGCCCAGUUCUACGCAAUCGUGGCGCUGUACGAGAGACAGAUGUACCGCACCCAGCCGGUUGCCGCCAUCGCCAAGGUCCUAUACGCUUGCGCCAAACUGGCGGAAGUUGCGCCCUCGAACUACUUGUGGCGUGUCGCGUGGCCCAUGUUCGUGGCCGCGCUGGAGACAGACGACUUGAUCCACCAGCAAUGGGUGCUAGGCCGAUUCAAGGAGAUGCAAGUCUGCGGUGAGAACCUGCGUCGCGCCCGGAUUUUCCUGGAGGUGGCGCUUAAGGAGCAGAGGAGGACGGGGCAGCGGGUGCCGUAUCUCUCCUGGCUCAAGGAGGGGCCCUUCGAGAAGUUUGUGCUGUAG